AGCGAGUUCAGCGCUUUGUGCGGGUCUGUGACUAAACUGAAUUAUUCAGAUUUUACUCUUCAUGUGAACUGCCCUUGAAUUCCUCUUUAAAUGGCCUCCUCUUCAAGCCUGCAUCCAAAAAGCAACAACCAUAGAGAACACACAGGAGUUUUAAAACCUCAGGAACAAAAUAAAGUUUCUGAACAUGUAAGGACCAAAAUUCACAAGACUAACACACAACUGUGUAAAAAAGAUGUUGAGAACCAGGAUCCAAAUGCAGCCAAGCCAACAAAAGGAGGCAGUAAAAUGUUGGGUGUCAGCAGGCUUCCAGUACUUGCAAAAUCACUGCACUCAGCUGGACCAGACACCUCCGAGGAAACAGGGCAUAAGAAAUGGGAAGAGAGGCCACUGCUGGGUAAAGUUCAGAAGAAGAAGAUGUGCACCAAACCCGUUCCUUUCAACUUUUCUCAGCCUCGGAUUCGCAACCAAAAGAGCACCGAAGCUCCUUCUGAAACAGCAAGGGACUCUGGAAUAACUUUAACCCAUUUGGCUCAACAGUUGACAGGCAAAACGCCAAACAAGCACCGAUUACAAACUUCUGCAAAGCAUUCCAGAAAUCCAGAAGGACGUAAUAUAGCUUUAAGUUUAAAGUGUCACACGUUUGCAGGAUCCAAACUUAAAAAUGCUAAUGCAGAUGAAGAGCUGUUAUCUAAUAAAGUAGCACCAUCAGUUCAGAGAGACUUGAGAACACAAUUGGAUACUGAAACUGAUGGAGCUGACCAUAAAGCAGACUAUCCUCCAAUCAACAAGGGCAGGAUUCAGACUCUAGUAUCUGCUCGGUGUACAACAGAAUUGAACAGUGCUGUAACUCAGACUCCACGUCCUUUCAUCUGCCCCUCUGGAUCUGGUUCCUCUGUUUACCUGCCUGAGAGAGUCUCUGUGAAGAAGAAGGGCUGUCGUAGAGCUGAAGCUGUAUCAGAAAAGACGGUUCUGUUCUCCCCUGACCCGUCAGCUCUCUCUAGUAUUCUUCUAAACGAGGGUGUUAAAGUAGGGGGUACUGAUGGAGCAACACCGAGAGGAUCUAUCUGCCCCUCUGGUAGAGGAGUUUCCAUUUAUUCUGCUCAAAGAGUCCCCAUCAAAAGGCCUCAGACACACACAGCAGCAGCCGCAGCACGACCUGCUGGUGCUGAGCCGUUCUCCCCUGACCCCUCAGCCCUUCGAAGUAUUCUGCUGAAUGAGGGUGUUAAAGCAGGAGCUGUUACAACACCCCGAUGUUCUGUCGCUCCCUCUGGAAGAAAAACCUCUAUUUACUCUGCUCAGAGGGUUCCUGUUAAAAAGACUCAGACAGAAGCUGUGACAUUUGGAGGUACUGUGCCGUUCUCUCCCGACCCAGUAGCGCUCAGUAGCAUUUUGCUGAACGAGGGUGUAAAAGUUGGGGGUCCCACUGGAACAACACCUCGAGUAUCUGUCUGCCCCUCGCGGAGAGGAACCUCCAUCUAUUCUGCUCAAAGAGUACCGGUUAGAAAACCCAGAGCAGAAGAGGCAGGACGGACUGGUGCCAGCCAAACUCCCACCCUAAAGGGCACACCACAGCGGGUACCUUUAUCCCAGUCCCAGUCUGUGAGAAGGCUGAUCUCCAGACAUAAGACUCCUCUUGUCAGUGAAUCUCCUGGAUUUAGUAAAACUCAAGCACCCAACACAGACGGCUCUGCCAAGCAGGAAGAGGAUGUGGUUCAGAGGUUAUUUCAGGAGGAGCAAGAGUGUGAAAACGAACAGAUGCAGAAAGAAGGAGAAGAUGUUUCUCCAUGUCACUUGCUGCAGCAUCAUCAACCUACUGAAACUGGUCGGAAGCUUGAGGACAGCAUGGACCAGUGCCGUUUAGAAGAAGAGAACAAGCCUCCAGCAGCUCAGCCCUUCAUUCAGGCUCCACAUCGACAGUCAGUCAUUGUGUUCGGUGCGAGGGCUCAGAUGCCACAGGAUACAGGACAGACACAGCCAUGUGUAGCACAGAGUGGUGAUUCUGCACCGCUGGUACAAACAGUUGGAUCACAGGGGGAUCUAAAGUCAGACCAGAAUAAAGUGUUGUCCCCCGGUGGGUUAUGCAAGACAAAAGCAGCUUCUAGCCUCAGCAUGGCGGCUUGUGUUUUAAGACGACGUCUGCCACCUUUAGAGGAGUUGUUUCUGGAUGAUGAAUGCGCAACGUACACUUCCCGUCAGCAGUUCUGGCCGGCUCAGCCUCGCUGUAUCAACCCUGUAGCGUCCUUACUCCUCUUUCAAGAUUCCACCUGCUUUGUGCCCAUUAGCUGGACGUCUUCAAGCCUUGGCCCCGUUUCCCACCUCUCAUCACCAAUCAGAGCCUGAUGACUGAAACCAACCACCGGAUUGUAUUUGUAACUCUUUAGCUGGUUAGGUUUGCACUAGCCAGGGUAAACUUAAUCUGAACCUGGUUUAACUGCCGAUACUUUUCACCAGUCUGAACAGUGUUAUAGUAUUAUUAGAAGAAGUUUGUUUAUCACUGACCUAUGCAAGUAGAAUUAUUCCUGCAGGAGGUAAAAAGUUACUGUGAUUAAUCCAACGUCUAACAACCUGCUUCUCAGCUUCAGUUAUAAUUACCAAAGUGACUCGUUCUUAUUAUGAAAUAAGUUCCUGACAUUUUCCAAAGCUUUACUGACUGUCCCCCUUUUAUAUUAAGAUCUGUGCUGUAGUAUUAAUACAAACCUCAGUUUCAAAAUAGUUGAAAACAUUGUGAAAAUGCAAGUAAAAGCAGAAAGCAUGAGUCUAUACCAUUUCUUUCACCUGUUUUAACUUGAAAACCGUAAAAAAGCACAUUAUUUCUUUAUAAUUCUUAACUGAAUGCCUGCAGUACCUCUAAUAACACUGGAACGGGAGCACAAGGCUUUGUUGUUGUAUUUUGCACUUUUUUUGCAUGUUUUUUAGUGGGGGGCAAGUUCAUCUAGCACCUGCACUCUGUUUAUGUAGCCAUGACUGCACAAUGUGAUCUGGCCUUGUCAUGCUGAAACUAAAAAGCAGCACAUAAUGCUCCGAAAUGUGCAGAGAUAUUAUAUUGUUAAAGGUGCGUUCAUGUGUGUGGGGUUGUAUUGGUAAACAAACCAUGAAAACCAACCACCAUCAUGGCUUUUAAUCUUUACACUGGUGACUGAUUCUGGAACCUUGAACCUGGAAAGCACAACAUACGUGAUGAACAUACAACUUAGUUUUCUCAGGUCGUUUUCUCAGAUGAUGAUGCAACUUUCCUCAGGGGUAUGCCAUCACAGAAUCAUGCCUGGUUUUAAUGCAGUUUCAUCUGAGAGAACAAAAGUCACAGGUAUUAAAAUGGCACAGCUAUCUCUCUGGGUAAUUUACAUCUUUUGAUGAUGUUAUGCACUGUUGUAAUCGCUCAAUAAAAAAUCAAACCUGUUGGGUUAUUUAUUGCUGCGUUUUCUUGGUGAAGGGCCGAGCAAGCCAUGCUUGAUUAUUAAAGUCUAGACUUUUCCUUGCAAUGUUCUGUUGAUACUCUGUCAAUAAUGUUGCAGGUAUCUGAUUAUUUGCAUUUUACACACUGUUGCACCUUUUCUGGAAUUGAGGUUUGGAUUUUUAAAAAUAAUAAUUGCAGGGCGGCUUUGUACGUGCAGUUUAAUCAAACACUACAGAUGCAGAAGCUUUAGCUGAGUUUAAUGACUGGUUAAAUUAAGGAUCUUUGUAUGCCAUGCCACCCCUACAUCAUGUACACUAUCUGCCAGUGUUUAUUAGAUUCAGUAUCUAAAUCACUGAUGUUAUCUUUGUACUAUAUUGUUUAUAUUUAAAAUAAAUGUUGAGCAGCCCUUUCA